UUAUCUAGUUGCUAAUAAAUGAUCUCCAUGUAUUAUUGCGGACUGCAUGAUUUUGUCGAUAAUUUUUUUUCAUGAAAGUUGUAUAAUUAAUAAACUAUAACCAAAUGCCUUCAAACACUUUCAUGCAACGGAUCAACAUUGAGUGAUUCUCAGUUAACCCAAUCAGAUGACAUGAACCGUAUCUUGACUUGAAGCUGGUUACAAAGCAUCAUCACUUUUUCUCUUUAAUUGUUGUGACGUUGUCACUGAAUCAACACACUAUUUAGUCUUCCGAGUUUUUUUACCGUUUAGUGUUGUUUAAGAUGACGAUAAGAAUAAUGAAACUAGGGAAGAGUGUAUAACCAAUUAUCCAUUAUUUUAUCAGAUUCAUUACUUUCUCUCCAUUAUCUUAAAGUCAUCUGAUCAGCAUUGAUAAAUGAUAACAUUUUUAAUCUUCCUUCUAGAUUAAUAAAGAACAUCCAAUCUGGUAUCUAUUUCUUCUUCCACUAAGAUCUCAAGGAUGUUCACCUGUAUAUCUGAUUAAUCGUUUGAAGAUGGUUUUGAUUAUGCUAACAAAGUCUGGUUAUUGUGCUUAAAUGUGAUAUUCUCAAAUAGUGAUUCGUAUUGUUGACAAGCCUUUAAAAUAAAGCAAGAAAAUGGAGCAACUGACCAUGCUGACCCUGCUUGCCUUUUCCAUGCUUUUUGGCAGCUAUUUUGCUGGUACAGUUCCUUUGGUAUUUAACUUUUCAGAGGAAAAAAUAAGAUUUCUAACAAUUUUAGGCUCUGGUAUUCUGGUUGGCACAGCUUUGUCAGUUAUCAUUCCAGAAGGGGUCAAUACAAUAUAUGCCUCUGCUUAUAAGAACCAUCUAAAAGCAUCAGCGUCAUCAACUUUAAAGGAAGUUGAAGAUUUACCUCAUUCUGUUAUUGGUCUAUCAUUGUUGAUUGGUUUUGCUUUUAUGCUUGUCAUUGACCAAUUUGCCACCCGACAUACCAGCUCUGCUAGUUAUUCAACCCUAUCAACCACCAGUGAUAACAAUUUAGAGACUGGGGGAGUUGGAAGUGAUAACUCUCAUGUAAUUAGACCAUCUAGAAAGGCCUCAUCGUCCAAGAUAACAGCAACUAUUGGUCUCGUUGUCCAUGCUGCUGCAGAUGGUGUUGCACUCGGUGCCGCAGCAACCACAUCUCACACCGAUGUGGAAAUGAUUGUAUUUUUUGCCAUCAUGCUGCACAAGGCUCCAGCAGCUUUUGGUUUAAUUACCUUCUUGAUGCAUGAAGGUGUAGAUCGAAAAAAACUUCGUAAUCAUCUCUUGGCGUUUUCUUUGGCUGCACCAGUCGGAGCUUUUGUAACAUAUUUUGCUAUAAAUGAAUCCGCACAAGAGACCCUUUCUGAUUAUAAUGCCACGGGUGUUGCAAUGCUUUUUAGCGGUGGUACAUUCCUCUAUGUAGCGACAGUACAUGUUCUACCGGAGAUUAUCCAUCAUCAAGCACUUAAAUUAAGUGAACUCUUAACGCUAGUCGGUGGAUCACUUUUACCUUCUCUUUUGACAGUGAAACAUCAUCAUUAAGCAAUAAUUCAAAGAAAAGGUGAAGUGAUAAACUUGAUGUCAAUAAGAUUUCAUUCUACACUUGUACAUUUAAAUCUAAUGGACUGAUUGUUUGAUAUUUUCAUCAAAGACGAGAAAUUCAUUUGGAAUAUCUGUAAAUUAGUUGAAACUUAUUCAAGCAUCCAAUCGUUGCUCCUGCUAGCAUUUUUGCAGAGGAAAAUAACAUCUUUCUUUUUAUGAUUGGCGUUGUGGCCAUUAUCUCCAAACCUCAAGUGAUUUCUGUACUUUGAAGCCCUUUGAAAAUAUUUUUAUAAAUUACAAAAAUUAUAUUUCCAAUAAUUUAUUAAAAAACUAAAAAAUUUUAAAGAAUA